AGAGUGGUUGGUACGGCCAGAGACUCAAGAAAACAACUAGCAAACUAAUAUGUUGUAACAUAUUUGUUAACAACAUAAUAUGCUAUAACAAACACGUGUGCUAUUUGAUUUUUAUAUGUGUUGACAAUACUCGGAAAAAAUGGCGAGCGAAAUAAAUUACAGUGAAAUGGUGUUUAAGUUGAAAAACGGAUACGAUAUGCCAGCUAUAGGCUUGGGUACGAGGGGUAUGAGAAACUAUCAAACUCUAUUCAGAACCAUUGAUUACGCAUUACAGUACGGAUUCAGACUUUUUGAUACGGCGGAAGUUUACGGGAAUGAAAAGCUAUUGAGCAACGCUUUCCGCUUAUUGCUGCCGAAGUAUGGACUGGACCGCGAUGAAAUUUUCAUUACCACAAAGUUAGCGCCGAUUGCUAACGAUGAUCGGUUCGUGCUCGAAACUUUUGAAAGGUCUCUUGAAAAUUUGGAAACGGAAUACAUUGAUCUUUACAUGCUGCAAUAUCCUGCUUCGGCUAACAGUGAUCCGACGAGUCCGAAAAACAAACAGAUGAGGGUUUCCAAUUGGCUCGCUAUAACCAAACUGUACGAUCAGUCGAAAAUCAGAGCUAUUGGAGUAUCCAAUUUCAAUAUUAAUCAUCUGAUGGAGUUGACUGAAGUGAUGGCGGUUGGACCUGUUGUUAAUCAGAUCGAGUGGCAUCCGUACUAUUACAAACCUGAGAUGCUUAAAUACUGCACUGAUAACAACAUACUCAUUCAAGCGUACAGCUCAUUUGGGGGACUGUCUCUCGGGAACACCGAACUCUUAAAAGAUCCGGUGGUAAAUGAAGUCGCUAAGCGGCAUGAUGUUCCUGCAACAAAAGUCUUACUGCUGUGGUCUCUGCAAAAGGGAAUCGCGGUCAUUCCCAAAUCAAACAACCCCGAACACUUAAAGGAAAAUAUGGAGCUGAACUUCAAGCUUACUGAAGAAGACAUCUUGCAGCUGGAUGCUCUCGGCGAGAAGAACCGCAAAUACGCCUGGGACCCGUCAUUGGUCGCAUGAAAUGCGAUGAGAUACCCAGAUAUUUAUAUCGAAAUAUCUGGGUUGCUGCUGUCAAUUCGGAAUGCAGCACUUUUCCCUGGAUGGUUCUUUUUAUUGGCAACCAAUCGUCUGACCGUCGUACUUUCGUAUUAAUUCCCUUCAAUUCAUGUUUUUACAAAUUUUACAAAUUAGGUGUUUACCACAUGUUUGAUUAUGUAUUCUUUUUUAGACCUAACUAUUGUUCCUGUUUUUUCUAAUGAAUAUUUGUCUGUAUUCCGCCUAUUAAAUUUAGUAACAACAAGACUUUGCGAAAAAUCAGAUUGAAAUAUCUAGAGAAUUUUUAACAUAUCCCUGCGGUUUAUGCCAAAACACUAUUGUACUUUAAUAUAUGUUAGGUUAUUGAUUUUGUUUGUAAAAUUUUUGGAUACAUUUAAAUAUUUCAACUAUAAACAGAAUAUUUUAUUAUAAUAAUUAGUUAGGUCUAACCAAAAUUUUAAACUGUGACCAAAAGAAAUUUAUAGUUAUGUUGUUUAUUUUUUUAUAUUUGCUAUCGAAUAUAAACAUCUCCAGUUAAUUUUCAAUUAUAUAUAAUCUAUAAUUAUGCAUACCUAUAGAUGUUGUGAACACUUGAUGUGAUUAUGUAUACUUACUUAUAUUUAAAUAUUGUAUGAAGUAUAUAUGUGUUGGGCCUAUUUUCAAAAAUCAAGUUAUCAAUUGAUUACUUUUUAUUUUACUCUUUUACAAAUACUGUUUAUAAUAAUUUAAUACUUUAGAAUAAUUUUAUAUAGCUAUAAUUGUUGUAAACACUCGAUGUCAUUAGCUAUUAUUAUUUUAUUUAUUGAAUUUCAAUUUCAAAUGUUUUUUGGUUGAUUUUAAAUUAUUGCAUAUGAUUUUUAUUUAAAAUGAAACCUGUAUAUUUUAUAUACGUAUACAUGUUGUGAAUCGAUGUAACUAUAUAGAAAACUUAUCGUAUAUAUAUUAUACCCAAGUAUACGUGUUAACUAUGUAUGCUAAUGUGUCAGAUUUAUUUCCAUAAAAUGACAAACAAUGAACAAAAACAGAAUCUCAAGUAUUUUAUGAGGCGUCUACAUGUUUAUAAAUGUAUUUUUUUAAGAAAGUCUAAAAAUAGAUCUUUACAUUCCUUGGUUCGACAUUCGUCUCAUUAUGACAAGAUUUCUUUACAACCUUGUCAUCUUGAUACCCUAAUACUUUACACACGAGUGUUAUUAUAGUAGCAAAUGUAACGCCAUUUAUAUAAUUUCUGAUUUACUCCAAUUCACUUUAUACCUAAUAAAUGUUGUGUAAUCGAUGUGACUAGUCCACUCCUAACAUAGUAUAUUCCGACUAGUUGGAGGGGAAUGGGAAAAUUGUUCAUAUUUGAAAAGAUGUGGCAAACAUUCUUUAAAAAAAAUAUUUAUAUAUAUAUUAUACGUGUUAGUUUAAGAUAAAUAUGUGUGUGUGUCUUAUUUUAUUUGAAACGUCCACAAAUGUAACGAAUUUGAAAUUGAUGUUAUUAAUUAUGUCACGUGUCUAUUUUAUUUAAAUAAAGUUGGACUUACAUGGUUCUAUGUUGUAA